AUGGUUAUGCUCAGAUACAUUUUUUCUCAUAUUGAUGAUAGUGUGAAAUGGGUUGUUGAUACUGAAGCUACUAAUCAUAUGAUAGGUGAUAAGUUUGUGUUACAAACUACUACGUUAGUAGAUGAUGCAGGAAAGGAUCUCUCCUCUGGGAAGGUGAAGGGUAUUGGUAAGGAACAAGAUGGACUCUAUAUAACGUACUCAAAGAAAAAGAAAACAAGAAAUCGACAGAAAUCAUUAGCAGUACAAAAGGAGGUUGAUGCAGCAUUAUGGCAUAAAAGGAUGAGACAUGCUUCCUUAUCCUGGUCCAUAUCAAAGACUGGUAAGGAGGUUAAUGUAACUAGGCCAGAUACCUCAUUUGCGAUCCAAAAUCUUAGUCAAUUUAUGCAUUCACCUAAACAAUCUCACAUGGAAGCUGCUACCAGAGUGGUGAAGUAUAUAAAGCAAUCACUAGGAAUGGAAAUUCUCAUGUCAUCUUCCGUUUCUUCUAAGCUACGGGCUUAUUGUGAUGCUGAUUGGGUUCAUGUCUUACAACUAGAAAAUCAGUGA